UUUGUCUAAAUGCACUUUCCACAAUCUUUUUUUUGUUCGACAGACAAGACCGUGAUUGUUUGGGAUUUGACACGUAAUGACGUCAGCUAUGGUGUACCCAAGAGGAGUUUGAAAGGGCAUAAUCACUUUGUAUCCGAUGUCGUCACGUCUUCUGAUGGACAGUUUGCCUUGACCGGAUCAUGGGAUAAGACACUCCGAUUGUGGGAUAUUGGAACUGGCAAGACCACCCGUACGUUUAAUGGUCACACCAAGGAUGUCCUGAGUGUUGCCUUCUCUGCUGACAAUCGUCAGAUUGUAUCCGGUUCUAGGGAUCGCACCAUCAAGCUCUGGAAUACCCUUGGAGUGUGCAAGUACACCAUCCAGGACGACUGCCACUCCAAUUGGGUAUCAUGCGUCAGGUUCUCACCGAAUGCUUCGAACCCUAUCAUUGUCUCUGGAGGCUGGGACAGGGUCGUCAAGGUCUGGAACCUGACCAACUGCCGUCUGAAGACCAACCACUAUGGACAUACUUGCUUCUUGAACUGUGUGACUGUAUCCCCAGAUGGUUCACUCUGUGCAUCCGGUGGCAAGGACGGUCUGUCUAUGCUGUGGGAUCUGAAUGAAGGCAAGCACUUGUACACCCUGGACUCCCAAGAAGGCAUCAAUGCCCUCUGCUUCAGCCCCAACAGGUACUGGCUCUGUGCUGCUGCUGGACCUACCAUCAAGAUCUGGGAUCUGGAGACCAAGUCCACCGUUGAUGAGCUUCGACCCGAGGUCAUCGGAAACUCAAGCGCCAAGACGGAAUGUAUGAGCUUGGCCUGGUCAGCUGACGGUCAAACUCUCUUUGCUGGAUACACUGACAAUCUCAUUAGAGUCUGGCAGGUCUCUAUCGCAAGCUCAUAGAAGUCUAAACACCCACAUAAUUAACAUCCUCAGUAUGACACACAGGCUUGCUGCCCACAAGGGAGCUACAAGUAUAAGUGAUCUUUACAAAAUGGCUCUUUUGGGGGCAGCAUUUUAUUUUAUCAUCUCCCUUCAUGGAAUGCUUGUCUGGACCCUAUCAGAUUGAUGCAAUCAUGUAAGCCAGUGUGUCACUGAAGGAAGGUGAAUCCCUGAUAUAUACAGAAUUAUGUCAUUCUAUCUCCAGAUUUAAACAAUACAUAUUCAUCCUGAUAAAAUAACUCUUCUCAAAUGAAAUUAAAAUUUCAUUGGGGGUUGGUUUGCAUAUAUUCCAGUUCAUAAGCCAUUGCAACGUCUGGCAAAUAUUUCAACUAAUUCACAAGCUCUCAACUAAUUUAUCUUGCAAUUUUGAUGUCAAAAAUACAAAUUGAAGGCAGAAAUUCAGAACAUUUUGUGCUUUUGUUCGUAGGCAAAACAAUGUUAUCCAUCUAUCUUCAAGCUUAACACUGGCUAUGCCUACGGGGUUGGUUUUACUGACAUAUGAUUUGGAAGCAAGUGAUGUAACGUUCAUUGUACAGUUCCAAAAAUUAUUGUGUCAAGUUCAGUAAGAGAAAUAAACAAGGAAUGAUUCCUUGACAGUACGCUCAUAA